GUUUAAAGAGGGCACGCCUACCAGUAGUGCAAUUGUUGUGGAUUUUUUAAAUAAAAUAUUUUCCGAAGUGAUUACCAUGAAGUGAAGUCGCUAAUCUUAAAAUCAGCUGUAGGAUUGUAUAAAAACCAAGUAAAAACGUGCCAAGUUCAGCCGCAUCGAACCUCCAGUACAAAGCGCCGUGGAUUAGUUGUGGAUAAUUGUGGAAAAAUGAUAUGGCCGAGUAAAUAAGAAGUCUAGGGGCUGAAAAAUUCAUAUGGGGUUCUUUUUGGUGGCAUGAUCUUUUUAUCAGCUGGCAUGAAUAUGGCCCUGGGCUUAGGCUGGUAUCAGUUUAGCCUAUUCGGCACGCCAUACCAUUUCUGCUUCUCUUGGUUUAUUGGUGUGAUGAUUGGCACCAUUGUAACAGCAAUACUGGUCAAUUUUAUACCCAAGAAAUUUAUAAUGGCCCUUUCGACGUUGAUGAUCCUCAUUGGGGGCAUAUUAUUCACCAGUGUUCCCCAGAGCUAUGACUGUCUGCUGAUUGGGCGAUAUUUCAAUGGUAUAGCCAUAGGCUUGACCAUUAUACCCUACCUCAUGAAUGCCUCGGAAAUAUCAACCAGCUCUAAUCGUGGCAUAUGUCUGGCUCUGGAGCAGUACUGCAUUACCUUUGGCAUUAUGAUUCAAAUGAUAUAUGCUUCGUUGUGGAGUUAUACCUUGGAUUUUCCCAUCAGUCGCCUGCAUGGCAUUAUCGAUAUUUUCUUUGCUUUAUUGGCAGCCGGAUUUCUGUUCCUCUUCGUCGAAUCGCCCAUUGAUUAUAUGCGCAAGGGUGAGGAGCAAAUGGCCCUGGAGACAUUGGGACGUCUAAGACAACCGCGUGGCAUAAACAGAGAAGUGCAAUUUCAAUUUGAAGAAAACAAGGCCUAUGUAUGCGAUCAAGAGAGCAUGUCCAUGGAACAGGCCUUCCGUCAGGGUUUAGUGCCUUUGGUGAAAAUGAUCUUCUUUCGCAGCAUGAUGUUGGCCUUUUGCUAUUCUGUGCCUUUGAAUGCAGCUCUGCAGUAUAGCACCUUCAUCAAUAGCAGCUCAUGGGCACCCAGUGUGGUGGGUGUAGUUCGUGUCUUGGGAGCCAUUCUAUCGAUAUGUCUGGUGGAUAACAUUGGACGCAAGCUACCUUCAAUAUUUUCGGCAAUUAUUGUUGGUGGCCUUAUGAUUGGCAUUGCCUCGUUGAUGCGUGACGUAAGCGGCAGUUUGAUUUCCAGCGGUAUGAACUCCGUCAUGAUACUUUCCAUAGUAUUGCAAUUAUUUGCCGGAUUCUUUACCCCCUAUGGCUCUGUAUAUAUGGGAGAGGCUUUUCCCUUACGCGUCAAACCCUUCUUAAUGGCUGUAGUUGUGCUCUUGGAGCAAAUGUUGCACAUCAUAUUCAUAAACACCUUCUUAUGGGCAGAUUUGGGAGUGAGUUUAAUGACGCAAGGCAUUAUGAUUGUGGCAAUUUUCAUGCUGCUUUUACUCCUUAUGCCGGAGACGAGGAAAACAUCAUUGAACGAGGCCCAGCUAAGAUUUAGGAAUCUUUUCAAUACUAAACUUAUUAUAGAGGUUUAACUAUAAAUAAGCUAAAAGUUGUAGUGUCCAUAGAACAGCUAUUGUAUAUAGAAUUAAGAAUUAAGACAAAAAAAAAUGUAUUUGAUAAAAAGGAUGUCAACGAAUUGAGUGAAAUUUUGGUAUAGCUAUCGAGAAAAUAUACUUCGAAUAUGAAGAAUUUUUUUUAAUGAAAA